AUGAGCCGUUGGUGCAACUCAGACAGUGAUUGUCUAACAAUGACCGAUCCUAACGAAGAAGAAGGCAUCGAAGAAAAUCCAACAUAUAUUUAUGAGAAUGAAAAAUUAGAAAUGUUGAUUCGGCAGAUGCGAUUAUGUAAAACAGCCACAUUCUACGUCGAUACAUUGUCUAAUGACGAUAUGCGUCUUAUCGCGGAUGAAUUAAGAACGAAUCGACGCUGGAAUUAUCUUCGAGUAAUUGGUCACAAUAAAAUCGAUUUAGAUGGUGCCAAAUAUCUAUUCGAUGCACUGACAGCUAAUCCAGCGGUAAACAAACUUCAUCUGGGCGGCAAUUCUCUUGGAGAUUCAGGAGUCGCUUUGAUCACACAUUUUCUUUCAUCAAAUUCCACUGUCACUGAUCUCGACUUGACAGACAAUCAAAUAAAGGAAAUCGGUGCGAAGUCAAUCAGCCAAAUGCUUCGAGUCAACUCAACACUAGUUUGUUUGGUCCUACACGGAAAUCCGUUGUCUGAUGUUGGUGUAGCAUCGAUUGCUCAAUCGCUCGAGCACAAUCACACUAUAACCGAUCUGAAGUUGAGCAGAACCAUCAUGACAGAUGAAGGCGCUGAGCAAAUAUCUUCGUUGCUUCAGUCAAAUGCGACAAUCAAAGUCCUUUCUCUUGACAGUAAUUCAAUUGGUGAUGUUGGAAUGCAAGCACUCUGUAUGGCACUACAACUCAAUCACAUUUUAAAAUGCUUCAAUAUUCGCCGGAACUGUUUUUCAGAUCGAAGCGUUGAUGUCAUCGUUGCUAUGCUCCAGAACAAUCGGACAUUCGAUCGAUUAGAUCUAUCACGCAAUCACCUCAGUGAACAGGGCAAAGAAACGAUACGACAAGCAAAGACAAACAACACGAAUCUUAUACUUUGA